AUGAUUUAUUAUUAUGAAAGAUUACUUCCAUUCAGAUACAUUUUCCAAUGGCUAAACCAUUCACCAAAACCAUGUCAAGACUUCACCAUGAGGGAGUUUGCCUACGAAUAUAGAUCAGGGGCAUAUCAACGUUACAAUUCAUAUAGUUCAUUGGAUGAAUUCAAACAAUCUGUCAUCAAAGCUAACCCAACCAGAUUCGAAGUUGGUGCUGUUUACGCCGUAAAUCCAAAAGAUAGAAAAACACUUCCGAAAUCAGCCAUGAAGCCAUUAGAAAAAGAAUUGGUUAUUGAUAUUGAUUUAACUGAUUACGAUGAUAUCCGUACAUGUUGUUCCAAAACACAAAUUUGCACUAGAUGUUGGAAAUUCAUCACAGUUGCAACUAAGAUUAUCGAGCAAGCUUUGAGAGAUGAUUUUGGGUUCGAACAUAUGGUUUGGGUCUUUUCAGGUAGACGUGGUGCCCAUUGCUGGGUUAGUGAUAAAAGAGCUAGAGUUCUUGAAGAACCAAAGAGAAGAGCGAUCGUUGAAUAUUUGGAUGUUUUGAAAAAUAAAGGUAACAAGAGAUUGAACUUGCGUCGUCCUUAUCAUCCACACAUUGAACGUUCAUAUGAAAUAUUGAAACCACAUUUCCUAGAUAUAAUAUUAACAGAACAAGAUCCAUGGGCUGAUGAUGAGAAAGCAGAGGAGUUAUUAAAUUCAUUACCGGAUAAAAACCUAAAUGAAGCUUUGCGCAAACUUUGGAAAGAACGCCCAGGUAGAUCAAGUUUACAGAAAUGGAAAGAUAUUGAUGAAACAGCUAGAAAGAUUUCUACAAAGAAUUUUAAUACCAAAGUUAUAGUGGAGGCUAAGCAAGAUAUUAUCCUGGAAACUAUGUACCCAAGAUUAGAUGUUGAAGUUACUCGUCAAAUGAUCCAUUUAUUGAAAUCUCCAUUUUGUAUUCAUCCAGGUACUGGUAAUGUUUGUGUUCCAUUUGAUGCUUCAAAGACUUUUGAUCCUACAAAUUCACCAAAUUUGCGUCAAAUUCAAAAGGAAAUAGAAACUUGGGAAGUAGAACACAGCGGAGUUCCACAAGAGAGGAAAACCUCUGAUUGGGAAAAGACUUCAUUGAAACCAUAUGUUGAUCUCUUCUCUAAAUUUGUUGGUGAAGUUUUGAAAUCGGAAAGGAAUGGUAAGCGUGAUCGUGAAGAAAAUGGAGAUGAACUAGAAUUCUGA